GUAGGCUUGCCUCGGUAUUUUAUCAUCAGGGUAAAUUGCACUUGAAUGACCUCAGAAUUCACAAAUGGAUGAUGUGACCCAUGGAAGAAGGUGGUUGGAUUUGUGUGGAUAUCGGAUAUCUAAUAAGGCGCUGUCCAUCAAUCCACGUUAUGUGGUGCAUUGGACAGAUUUUUGUUGCCAUAAUAUUAAUUGUAUAUUCUUCUGUUACCCCUUGGCUACAAUUUCUGCUCGGUGGUUUCUUUUCUUUGGACUCAUCUCUCAGUCCAUUUUCUUCCAAAUUGACGAAAAAUGGCCACCAUCUCUGCCAGGACUCCAACCUCAUCAAUCACUCGUGCAAGUCUUGAGCACAAGAGAUCAGCAGGGAUCUCCCCCUCCCAUAUUCUUGGCUUGCCAGCUAUAGCAGUGAAGGGAAAAGUGAGAUGUUCCAUGGAGGAAAGGACAUCUGUGCGGGAAAACGGGCCUAACAAGGACAUGAGUGCAUCACUAAUCGCUGCUGUGUGUGCUGCAACCAUGUCAAGCCCAGCCCUUGCUCUUGUGGACGAGAGAAUGAACACUGAAGGAACAGGACUUCCCUUUGGUUUGAGUAACAACCUUCUUGGUUGGAUCUUGUUGGGUGUGUUUGGUCUGAUCUGGGCUUUCUACAUUAUUUACACUUCCACCUUGCAGGAGGAUGAGGAAUCACGAUUGUCCCUGUAAAGCCAACUCAUUCCUAAUGUGCUUGUCACAAUUUCCAUGUUGAAAUUUGAAAGGAAUGUACAAGAAAUGCAAAGAGUUUGGCAUUUUCCCAUCUUUUAUAGCAAAGUGCUUUUGUUUGUUCAA